AUGAAACAGCAGUUUACUGACAACACCCAGCGCUUUAAUCGGCUGAUGGUGUCCGGAGGAAUGGUCCUGGCGUCCCAGUCUCAGCUGUUGUGCUACUUCCUGAUGAUCCUGGACCACAUGAUCUACAGCAGCCUUCUGUCGCUGCCGCUGCCGUUGAUGGUCUUCCUGUGGGGGAUGCUGUCAGUGCCUCGUCCUUCGAAGACUUUCUGGGUCGCGGUGAUCACUUACACAGAGUCAAUGGUUGUCUGCAAGUACUUCUACCAGUUUGCCUUUUUCCCCUGGAAUGACAUCACCAACAAGGACAGCCCGUUCUUCCCACCUCGUAUCAUGGGCAUAGAAAAGGCUGCCAACUAUGCCAAUGUGGACAUUGCCUUACUGCUGGCACUCUUUCUUCACCGCUCCAUUUUAAGGAAAUAUGGACUGUGGAGAGAUGCUGCCGACAUUACAGCAGAUAUGGAAGCUGCAGGUGUCAUGGAGAAAACUCUGUCAGAUAGUUCCACUGAUGACUCUUACUACACUGAAUCUGAGCAGUUGGAGAGUUACAAGGAAACUGGGGUCAACUCCAGGUUUUGGAAUGGGAUGUAUUUUGUGCUCAACCCAUUUGCCAAUUUCUUCCGAGAGGUCACUCAAGCACACUACAGUGCCACCACAGAUAUGUAUACCCCAAUGUUUUUCUGCGACCUGGUUCUCUUCCUCGUUCUGGUGUUUGGCUUUAACUCCUUCGGCCCAGUUGAUACCACAGGUGAAGAGAAUGUGGCCAAGUACCUGAGGGACAGCAAGAUACCCAUCCCAUUUGUCAUCAUGCUGAUCACACAGUUCAUCUUCAUCCUGAUUGACCGGGCUAUCUUCCUGCGAAAGUUUGUUCUGGGGAAGUACAUUUUCCAGAUCCUGCUGGUCAUGAUUAUCCACGUGUGGAUGUUCUUUGUUCUGCCGGCUAUUACCAGGAGGAGCUUCUACAACAACUCGGCAGCUCAGAUUUGGUAUUUCAUCAAGAGCAUCUACUUUGGCCUCUCAGCCCACCAGAUCUGCUGUGGCUACCCUGUCCGCACCAUUGGCAACAUUCUGACAAAGAACUAUGGUUUUGCCAAUCUGAUUUUAUAUAAAGGAUUUUUGGCCAUUCCUUUCUUGCUGGAGUUACGGGCCCUUAUGGAUUGGACUUGGAGUGACUCCACCCUGGCAAUCGGGAACUGGCUGCAGAUGGAAGACAUUUACGCCAACAUUUUUGUGAUUAAAUGUUGGAGGGAGUUUGAGAAGAAAUUUCCCCAGGAGAGAGCGGUUAAAAAGAGCACCGCAGUGAAAUACCUGGCAGGUGGUGCUCUUCUCAUCAGUAUUAUCGCCAUCGUCUGGUUUCCGCUGCUCUUCUUCUCAUUCCUACACAUGGUGUUUAUCAGAAACCCGCCACUAGAGGCCACGAUGACCAUUUCCAUUGAUGGGUAUCAGCCGCUGCUCACCGCCACUGCCACUGGAGAUAGCAUCAGAUCUUUGACCCAGGCAGAGUUCAAUUUACUGAAAUCUCACUAUGCAAGAGACAGGAAUACCUACAGUUUUCUCAGCAAUUAUGAGCCGGAAGAUGUGACCUUAAUACAGUUUGACGGGAAGUCCCUGUCCAUUUGGGGAGUGAGCCCCAUUGGCAAGGAGGCUUUGGUGCAGGACCUGAGGAAAUCUCACAGAGGAAAGCUGUUUCUCUCUGUGAGGUUGAAGUUUUUGAG